UUUAGACCGCAGCGCACACUUGGAUCCUUCUCCUCCGCGAGCCGUGCGCAUACUCGCCCCUCUUCUUCCCAACUUCUCCUCUUCCACGCCAAAAAUCCCUUCUUGGAUCCUUCUCCUCGUUUCCCCCUUUGAUUUCUCCCCAAUUAGGGCUCCAAUUCCUUCUAUUUCAACCUAGAUUUGGGGUUCUGACUCGUUUUAUCGGGGCUUUUCGCUCUUUGAUCCGUUUGUGCUCGAUUUUGCGGUCGCCGGGCAUGGAUCAGAGCCGGAGAGCUGUGGAGGCUUAUUGGAGGUCUCGGAUGGUCGAUGGCGUCACCGCGGAUGAGGACAAGAUCGCUCCGGUUUAUAAGCUUGAGGAGAUCUGUGAGCUCCUCAGGACUUCUCCGGCUGGCAUCGUUAAGGAGGUCUCGGAGUAUAUUCUUAAGCGUCUUGAUCACAAGAGCCCGAUCGUCAAGCAGAAGGCUCUAAGGCUUGUGAAAUAUGCGGUGGGGAAGUCCGGUGUGGAGUUUAGAAGGGAAAUGCAAAGGCAUUCAGGAGUUAUGCGGCAACUGGUUCAUUACAAGGGCCAACAGGAUCCUCUGAAGGGUGAUGCUCUUAAUAAGGCUGUUCGGGAAACUGCUCAGGAGGCUAUCUCUGCUAUGUUUGCUUCCGAGGACAAUAAAGUGGUCGCACCUGCGGAUAAUUUAAACAAGCGCAUUCAAGGUUUUGGUAAUACAAACUAUGAGAUGCCAAGUGAGGAGAAGAAAUCUUUCCUGAGUGAAGUGGUGGGUCUUGGUAGUGCUUCUAUUAUUCAGGGAUUGACCAACAUUGCUUCGGCUCAUUCGAUGAAGAAAAAUGAUGUUGGGAGCUAUAAAAGCCCAACUUUGCGUAGGUCUCUAACAAAUGAGAUUGAUAGCCGUGAAAAAUAUGUUGUGAAUGAACACCACGGAGAGAGUUGGACUUCUUCUGUGGUUUCAAAAAAUGUGGGUUCUGGAACUUGGUCGCAGGAUUCAAGAGCAAAUAUGGCUAGUUCGGUGGCAUAUGAAGAUUCUGGUUCAAGCCAGAAAGGAGUCAAGAGUCGUGAGGACAGGCUUUUGGAAACCAUUGUAACUUCUGGGGGUGUUCGUCUUCAACCAACACGUGAUGCUCUCCAAGCCUUUCUUGUAGAGGCUGCGAAACUGGAUGCAGUAGCUAUGAGUCACGCUAUUGAAUCUAAACUUCAAUCUCAUUUGUGGCAGGUUCGAAUGAAGGCAAUCUGUGUCUUGGAAGCCAUACUGAGGAAGAAUGACAAUGAUCAUUUUUCUGUGAUAGCAUCCUAUUUUAUAGAGAAUAGAGAUCUUGUGGUUAAAUGUUCUGAGUUACCACAAUCCUCUUUGAGAGAAAAGGCAAACAAGGUGUUAUUUCUUCUGGAUGGGGAUAAUGCUUCCGAAGUGGGUUACACAAGAGAGCCUUCUGAAGCAAAAACUGCACCAGUUCCAGUUCAGAUUCCAGAUCUGAUCGACACUGGUGAUCUGGAUGAUUACGAGUCUGAAUCUUCUAACCAGCAUCAGGUUGAUCAAGGAAUUGGAGAUCUUACAUCUGGUUCUAUAGUUGAUGAUCUCUUUGGUGCUGCUUCCAUUGCUGAUCAAAGCAGCCCUUCACAAGUAAACAGCAAUGAUCCAUUUGCGGAUGUGUCAUUCCAUGCAACAGAAGACAAGGAAUCUGAUCUAUUUUCUGGUCUGACAGUUGAAGAUAAGAAGUUGAAUCGUGGCUUAGAUAAUCCUAUAAGUAGUUCCUCCCCAUUUCUUGAUAUUUUCAGUGAUUCCCUUACGAGUCCGCCAGAAACAAAGACCAAUGAGAAUAAUGUGGACAACCUGAUGGCUGGUUUAUCUCUCAAUGGUGGCACACUAGAGAACAAGCAACAUGUAUCUCCUGGAGGUGCCUUCCCAGUCUCCAGUUUCUUAGAUGGUAGCAAUCAGCCAACCGAGCCGCCUUUCACUGGAGCUCUGAAUCCUAUGAUGGGUUCAAAUGCUUUCCCGACUUUGGCCCAGUAUAGCAUGCCACCGAACAUUAUGUUCAAUCAAGUAUUUCCGACUCACCAAAUUGAUUAUGCUGCCAUGGGAGCAUACAUUGCUCAGCAGCAGUUGCUAUUUCAAAACCUUGGGACUCUAAACCCUGGAUUUGCUCAUGCUGCCGGAAAUGUAAAUGAAGGUAGUUAUGGUUCUCCGCUGCCUGACAUUUUUCAACUCUCAAGCAAUCCAAUUCAAAUGCCUGCGGCAAUGAGUGCCAGCUCAAAGAAAGAAGAAACUAAAGCCUUUGAUUUUAUUUCGGAUCAUCUUUCAGCAGCCCGUGAUUCGAAAAGAGUGACUUAGGCUUCAAACAACAAACAUGACAUCUUGUAAAACCGAUCGAAUGAAGACCACUGCCUGGUGAAAUUGCAUUCACUAAUUCUUUUGCAAUAAAAAGUUUUAUCAAGCUCCAGUGUUAUCUGAUGCUGUGAGAUGCUGCGUAAUUGUCGAUUUUAUGUUAGAAUCUAUCUAGUGGAUGAUCGGAGAAGGAUGCUUAGGGGUUGUAUCAUAUCUGUAACAAUGAACCAUGUGACAAAAAAUCAAAUCUGUUUGUUAAUUUUCUUCCUAAUAAAGGUUGUGUCAGGUAUUUUGGAGCUGUCUGUUUUGUGAUGUAUUUUUGGUUGGCGUUGUUGUACAUUGAAUGAGAUGAAUAGACGCUAUAUUUGUAGUUCUAGUA